GCUUUCCCGCCCCGGGGCCGCCUUUCGCCGGUGUCGCAGCCCGUCGCUGCGCUCCGCCGCUCCCGGUGCGGGGAUGGAGCUGGCGGGCGGCAGCACCAUCUCGCUGUGGACGGUGGUGGCGGCCGUGCAGGCGCUGGAGCGCAGCGUGGCCGCACACGCGUCCCGCCUCUUCAGCCUGGAGCACCGGGCCGGGAACAGCGAGAAGAAGCACCUGGACUGCGAGAAAAUGGUCGGGGAGUUCGGGAGCCAGCUGGAGAGCAAGUGCGCGGCGCUGGGCACCCUCAUCCAGGAGUACGGGCGGCUCCAGCGGCGCCUGGAGAACAUGGAGAACCUGCUGAAGAACAGGAAUCUCUGGAUCCUGAGGCUGCCCCCCGGGGUGGAGGUGCCCAAGGGCCCGGCUGUGGCACUGGAAAACGAUGCCACCGGCUUUUCCACUCAGGAGUGGGAGAACCUGGAGGAGUGGCAGAAGGAGCUGUAUGGAAAGGUACUGACAGGGAAGAGAGAAGCCCUGGUCCAGCUGGACGAUGUCAUCUCUGAACCUGCCCUCCUGUCCCGGCUCCAGGGAGGGGAAGCACCCUGCAGUGAGGCGGAGGCAGCUCCUGGAGAGAUCCCAGCAGAACCAGAGGCUCUGCUGUUUGAACUCAAUGUGAGCAGCUGGGACAGCAGAGAAACGCAGGAAAACCAGGAGGCAAGAGCAGGGCUGGCUGAACCUGGCCAUGCUGACUGCAGCAUUCCAGAGCCAAGCUUUGCUGUCACCGUGAAGCAGGAAGAGGAGGAAGAGCAGUAUGCAAAGGAGCAGGGAGCCAUGGAGGGUGUGGAGUUCUCUGAGCUUGGUGUGGGGCCGGACGCCGCUGGACACGGGGCCCCGACCCCGGCGGAGGGCAGGAACCGGCCCGGGGCUCGGAGCUGCCAGGACCGGGAUGUGAGAGGGAAUCCCGCAGAGACCGGCUCCGAAGACAGCAUAAUCCAGAUUAAGCAAGAGGAAGAGUUGUGCACUGCAGAUCGGGAGGAGGAGGUUGCAGAAGCUCCUGGAGAGCCCUGCCCAGCAGAGCAAGGAUUUUACGAGCCUGAGGCAUCCAGUCAGACCGGGAAAGGCAACGAGGUGGAUGCCAGGGAGCUGCCAGGCACAGAGGGUGAGGACCUCCGGAGAGAUCCUGCCACAGGAUUUCAGACUUAUGCAAGGGAUGUUUCAUCGUGGAUUAAACGAGAGGAGGAGCCACCCUGCUCUGAACGACAGGAUUUGGAGAAAGAGGAAAUCUCUGCAGAUCCAAGUACAGACAAAAAUUUGAAGAGGGACCCUCCAGCAGACUGCGUGGAGAGCAAGACCUGUGACUUAGAGGUACCAGGAAAGCCGGGAGAGUCGUUUCCCAAAGAUCCCAGCCAUGGAGUGACAUGGGACAGUCACUGGAAUUCAGAAAUAAUGGAAACAGCCACCACAGGGAAUGGGAGCAGCCUUGGGGGUGAUGUUCAGUAUGAUUUCUUUAGCACUCAGGAAAAGAGCCUGGAAAAGAGGCCCUGUGUGUACAAGUGUGAGAGGAGCUGCCCACAGCAGGACCAGCCUCAGGCACUGCAGGGAGAAGGGGAGAUGUUUCCAGGCCCCAUGUAUGAGAGGAUGUUCCCUCUGCUUCACCCACACCCAGGAGAGGUGGGAAUGGGCCCGGGAGAGACAGGAAUGGGCCUGGGAGAGACAGGAAUGGGUCCUGGAGCUGCUCCCACUUCCUGUGAGGGGCCAGGACCCCGCUCUGAGUGUGGAGAGACACCCCUGGGCACAGGCAGGCCCCGUGGCCAGGACAGCCUGGGCACAGAGGAAGCUGCUGGAAACGAGGAGAGCUUCCCCACGGACACAUCGGGAUCCAGCCCCUGCUGGGAGCCGCCCCUGGCCCGGGGCAGCCCUGCCCAGCAGCAGAGCCAGGGCCGGGGCAAAUCCUACAUUUGCAGCGACUGUGGGAAAAACUUUGUUUGCCAUUCGUGGCUCGUUAGGCACCAGACAAGUCACACAGGAGAGAGGCCCUACAAGUGCUCCAAGUGUGACAAAACCUACAGGAGGAAGGAUUACCUCCUGAAUCACCAGCGCCGGCACACGGGAGAGAGGCUUUUCCAGUGUCCUCUCUGCAGCAAAAGAUUUGUGCUCAAGAGGAGCCUGCUGAAGCAUCAGGAAGGUCACAUGCAGGACACCCACGUGCCGCUGGUCAGCUGGCCCUGCAGGAACAUCAGGGGCUCCGUGAUGCAUUCCAUAUAGGACAUCCCCCACACCCCCUUGGUGGAUCCUCGCUGGGCCAGGGCAGCACCCCCAGCUCUGUGCCAGAGCCUGAUGGCAGGAGGAGGCUGUGGUGCAGCCAUCCCGAGCCUCUCCCAGGAAAAAGGAGCUGGCUGGGGGUUAUUUUCAGUGUUAGCAUUCACCAGUGCCUGUGGAUUUGAGGAGGUGGAGUUCGGAGGUACUGCUGGCUGUGAGUCCAUGUGGGAGAGAAACCACGUUGACAUGGAACAAUUUGUGGUGUGUGUUGCAAAGAAGAGGUGUCUGAAUAGAGAGAAAUUACCCAAAAUGUUAUUCCAUGAGUCCGGAGUCCUUAGACUGGGCUGGGAACAAGUGAGUUAAAGGUGUUAAUUGUCCACUAAAGGAGUGUAAGGGUGUCAGGAAACACACAUUUGGGUGAGGUGCUUUGGGAAAGGAAGUGUUGCCCCUGUGGCUGUAGGAGGAAACCUCUUUCUCCUGUGGCAAAACAGAAGGCUGCAGAGCCUGGGAGGCAGCUUAUUCCCACUGUUAAAUCCUGGGGCUCCUCACUUUGAAACCCAAACGGAGAAUUCCUGAAGGCUGAGAGCCUCCCUGGGAGCUAUAAAAUGGCCACGGAGCCUGGAAUAUGGUUUUCAUUUUGCAUAGCCUUGAAGUUGUGUUGCAUUUCUUUUCCCACAUUGUUCACUGUCUUCUGCGUUUGUUCAGUUCUCCAAAUCCUGUGAAAGCAGAACAUGGAGAUGCUGCAGAAAUCUGGGAAACGCAGAGUUAAUGAGCUGCUGUGUCCCAAACACUGAUGACAGGAUCUGCUGGAGAGGAGGCCGUGUGGAGGUAGGGCAGCUCUGCUCCUCCAGCCUCCUCCCUGGGCUCUGUGUGUCCCACUCCCAAGAGGAAAGAAGUUCCCAAAGUCUGUAGAUGCCUGUGGUCAAAAAGGAAAGACAGGUGUUAGAACAGUCAAAAAAAGCUCACAGAGUUUUAAUAGCAGAUUCCACUCUCAGCCUGGGAAUUGGUGUUUUUACCCUUAUCUUCUGGUAGGAAGAUAAAUAAAAAGGUUAAAGAAAAGAGGGAAGAGAGAGGGAGAUCAGAGAGACAAAGGGGAGGACAUCCCCAGUCCUGGCUGUGGCAUUGAUCCAGCUGUGUCCAGGAUCCCAGAGGUGCCCUGUGAGCCUUGGAUCACCCUUUUACAGCCAAGUUUCCCACACCCUGGGACUACUUUUUUCACUUUUGAUGCAAACAAGUCAGCAGACACAGUCCAUACCUCUGGAUCCUCUUAGGAAUGGGUCAGGGGGGUCUCUGGUGGUUUUGAUCCCCCCUGAUUGAUCAGCCUUUGUUGGAUGCUCCAUGCCCUGUGCUGUGCAUGCUGUGCUUAUCUCCAGGAGCCAGAACAUGGGUGUUUGUCCCAAAAAAAGAGCUGUGCCUGCUCCGUGUGCCCCCCUUUGCCAGCCACAUCCUGUAGUUCCCCAUUCCAUGUGUUAUACAACAGCCCUUGGCUGGCUGCACAGCUGAGACACACCCCUUUAUCUCCUGGCCUUCUACAGAAUCCAAAGUGAUAAACAUGGACCUGAAAAAUGACCAGCCUGGGACUCUACUUGCUUCAGUAGAACACAGAGAAAGAGAAUUAUUUGAGAAUUUAGAUAGGAAAAAGCACGGUAGAGAGAAAUAAGACCCCAGAAAGGAAAUGAAAGGGAGGAAAAGAGCUGAAUUAUUGCUGUCAGUGAAAACUGAGCAACUGCAGAAAGAGUUAAGGAAGAAAAGGAGGAAGCCAAGCCCAAAAUUGGAAAAACCAGAGGGGUUGAAAAUUUCUGAGGGUCCCCCUCUGCAGCCACACCUUAUUCUAGUUUGUCCCUUGUUACCCAGGUCUGGGACACAGUAGCUUUUAACUCUUUGAUGUCCGGAUUGCUACACCCCAGGGCACUGCCUGCACGGUGUUGGGACCCACAGCUCUUACUGGGGCCAACUCAUCUGCAACUCCAGAAAUUCCCAUUCCUGCCACGGCAGGAAUUUGCCAUUCUGGUACUUUAAUUUUAAACCAAGGAGUCAGUGGCUGUAGCCUCUGGAAUUCUUUUGGGGUUAAGGUUGGCAGAUUUCUGCUUCUCACCCAGGAGCCGUAAAUUAACCUGAGCAGUUUGGCACAGGGGGAUUUGCCCCAGGGAUUUUAACUCUUUACCCUCCGGGUCCUACACCAACAUGCUGCUGUGUUAAUACUGGACAUUGCGCUUCCGUGUCUAUUAAAUUUUUUUAUUAAUUGUUGAUGAGAACCAGCUGGAA